AUGGGGAACAACGCCGCAAGGGAGCUGCCACAGCCCACCAUGUUGGAGUUGGGGCAUGACUUGGAGCGGUCCAGUGCCAUGCUGUCCAGCGCAGAAGCUGGCCGGGGGUGUGAGUUGCCCAGGCUUUAUUAUUCGGAAUCUUUCCACAAGUUCAUGAGCACGGGAGGAGGCUCCCCUUCGUUGAGUCACGGGCAGCUGGAGGAGAUCCUUCUCAAGGUGAACGAGGAUCUUCCCCGGCAGCCUUGGCGUCUCUGGUGGGUUGCGACCUACUGCUUGGCGGCCCUUUCCAUCGGCAGCGUGGUUGUGUGCAGUGGCAUUUAG